UUAAGGCUUGGAAUGUGGUGGUCGAAGAAAUGGAGGAUGAUACUUGGAAUUUUGCAUGACAGUGUUUACAGCAGCUCAAGAAAUGGUUUUCUUGCUUGAUGAAGGUUCGGGUUUUGACCUGUCGUUGUUGCUUAAUUUAUAGAGGCUGAAGGCUCCUUUAGUUCUCAAACUCUAGCUGUUGACACCUCUCUUCUCCCCAUUUCUAUAAGAGAAACUCUCAUACAGCGGGGAUAGCACUUUUGCUUUUCCGGCUAAUAACGCAAUGACACGUAGGAUAAAUUUUUUCACAUGUCAUUGUGUUAUUAGCCGGGAUAGCACAACCCCGUUACAAGUAAGGGUAUUUUUGCAUUUCCAGAGGGGUUUGAUUUUUCUUUUCCGGUCCCAACAGAGAGAUCAUCAGGAGCUAGCAUAACUAAAAGCUGCUAAGCAUAAAGCUUAAGUGGAGAAUUUGCAGCUCCGUCUUGAAGCUCAAGAUGCUCGCGACUCUACAGAGGAUCGUCACCUGAAGGAAGAGGUUUCUCGUCUCAAAGAUCUACCGGCCCAAGCUGAAUCUCGCAAAGGGAAGACUUUGAAGCUUCAAGAGGAUGCUUCCAGCUCCAAGAAGCGUGAGUUAGAGAAAAAGACUCAGAAUUUGGGCAGGAUCAAAUUUUCCCUUGAAUUGAAAGGCCGAGUGCUUGAAGAAAGAUUUUCACGACUACAAACUUCACACCGUUAAAGCUGUUCGUCAAAGUUACAAUGAAUGACUUGACUCUAACAUCAGGGAUGCUACAACAGUGGAUGCUUGCAAGUCAUUUAGUUUGAAGAAGAACUCUACCUCUACAAGCCAACUUGCCAAGUCAUUUAGUUUGCAAAAGAACUCUACUUACGCAAGCUAACUGCGAGGGCUUAGCCUCUCCCUUGAACAUAGGUUUUAUUUGUUUUAACUUUGCUAAGUUUUCGCCAAUGGGUCUAGCUUAGUGGAAAAAUACUUGUAUUUACAAAGAAAUAAUGAACCCAAUUUUGUAUUCACCUUUUGAAGAUGAUUUAUGAAUUUGAAAUGGCCCCAAAACCAUUAGUUGAAGGGUGUAAAUAGUUGACAGAAAAACAAACAAAAAAAACCCAAAAGAGAAAAUUGACUAGCUUCUGCCUCCACCUUGCUAGUUCUUCAAUUUCACUCCCAAGAAUACAUGAACUCCCAAGAAUUAUGGGUCCAAGCUUAUGGCAGACUCAAAUCAUGCAAAUCAAUAAGCCCAACACAGCUCAAACAAUUCCAUGCAUUUAUCAUCAAAACAAAGCCUCUCCCUCUCCCAACCCAACACCUCAUAUAUCCAAAACUCACUUCUUCAACUGAAAAAAACUUCACUCACAUUCUCUCCUUCUUAAACCACUUGGAAAAGCCAGACCUCUGCCUCAGCCUCUACAAUGCCAUCAUCCAAGGCCUCCCUUCAAACCCCAACAACAAAGCAAGCUCGCUUCUUCAGCUGUUGGAAUUACUCAAACAUAUGCUUGUCAAUGGCCUCCUUCCUGAUAACUACACUGUGCCCUCCGUUCUCAAGGCAUGCGCGCGGUCGCGUGCGCUGAGAGAAGGCCAGCAAAUGCACACCUAUGCUAUCAAGACUGGGCUUGUUUUGUCCAAUGUGUAUGUGAAGAACACUCUUAUGAGGCUUUAUGCUGUUUGUGGGGUUAUAAAUUGUGUCCGCAACUUGUUUGAUGAAGGUCCUCAACGAGAUUUGGUGUCAUGGACUACGCUUAUUCAGGGUUAUGUUAAAAUGGGGUUGCCCAGAGAAGGCGUGGAAGCAUUCUUUGACAUGUGUGAUGCCAAAAUUAUGGCAGAUGAGAUGACAUUGGUCAUUGUUCUCUCUGCUUGCUCUAAAUUGGGAGACUUGAGCUUGGGGAGGAAGAUAAAUGAAUACAUAUAUGAUAAUGGGGUCUACCGAGAUGUUUUUAUAGGAAAUGCUCUGGUUGAUAUGUACUUGAAGUGUGGAGAUGCUGAUUUUGCAUAUAAGGUGUUUAACGAGAUGCCUGUGAGAAAUGUAGUUUCUUGGAAUUCAAUGAUAUCAGGUUUGGCACAUCAAGGGAAAUUUAAGGAAGCAUUGGAUGUGUUCCGGGAGAUGCAAAGAAUAGGUCUUGAGCCAGAUGAUGUUACUUUAGUUGGUGUUUUGAAUUCGUGCGCGAAUCUUGGAGUGCUCGAGUUGGGGGAGUGGGUACAUGCUUAUGUUGAUAGAAAUCGGAUCGAGGCAGAUGGGUUUAUAGGGAAUGCACUCGUGGAUAUGUAUGCUAAGUGUGGAAGCAUAGACCAAGCCUUUAAAGUUUUUCAGGGCAUGAAACGUAGAGAUGUAUAUUCCUAUACUGCCAUGAUUGUUGGAUUAGCUAUGCAUGGGGAAGUUGAGAGGGCAUUGGAUAUAUUUGCUGAGAUGCCUAGAAUGGGCAUCGAACCAGAUGAGGUGACAUUUAUAGGAGUCCUGGCAGCAUGUAGUCAUGGAGGACUUGUUGCAGAGGGUCAGAAAUAUUUUAGAGAUAUGUCAAGUGUGUACAAGCUCAGACCUCAGACAGAGCAUUACGGCUGCAUGGUUGACCUUUUAGGCCGUGCCGGGUUAAUUAACGAAGCAGAGGAGUUUGUUAAAAACAUGCCAAUUGAGCCCGAUGCCUUCGUCUGGGGGGCCCUAUUGGGAGCCUGUAGGAUCCAUGGGAAAGUAGAGCUGGCUGAAAGUGUAAUGAAAAAACUACUGAAGGUAGAGCCAGAGAGAGAUGGUGCAUAUGUGCUCAUGUCAAACAUAUAUUCCUCAGCAAAUAGAUGGAAGGAUGCAGUGAAGUUGAGAAGGGCAAUGAAAGGAAAGAACAUGAAGAAAACUCCUGGGUGCAGUUCAAUUGAACUUGAUGGUGUUGUUCAUGAAUUCAGAAAGGGUGACAAAUCACAUAAAAGAAGUAAACACAUAUACAAAUUGCUGGAUGAGAUUAUGAGCCACCUAAAGAACCAUGAGCUAUUGGCACAUUGAAGAACAUUCUUUUGAUGAUUGAGGCAUAUCAACAGAAAAUCGUUCCGGUGGGUUGAGAAAGAAAAGGG